AUGGAACCAGGGGCUACCAGUGUUUUGAUUCUUCGCUUUCUAGCAUUGAUUGGUUCUCUCCGUGUCUGUCACGGCAAAAUCAAGUCUUUUAAUGUGGCCAAGCUAACAAAUGGAAGCAUUGGUUUCAUUCAACAGACAGACGAAGUGGCUCUAGUUUGUGAUACCGAUGCCGAAGUGUCCACAAUUGAAAUAAUACGAAUUGACGAUAAGACCACAGUCAGCAUGUCCCGAAAAUGGGAAAGGUCCCUCACAUACCACAUCAAAAGUGUUUCAUGCUCUGAUAUGGGAAGCUAUGAAUGUGUUGAAGAUAGGACAGAACGAAUGACUGCAGAUCUGGUCAUUCUAAACUGUCCACUUCAACCUUGCGAUGGUGCAAGUGUCCGGAGAACGAUAUUUGUCAAUACCGGUGAAAACGUCAAAUUCUCUGUCUGUGUCCUAGCAGUUCAGAAAAUUGCUGACUAUGCACUGUUCAAUGGCGAACAGAUUAGAAAGAAAAAUCAUACAACUGACUGGACAUGGGAUUAUGAGAGGGUUGUUUCCCCGGUUCUAUCCAUUAGCAGAUAUCAUAUUCAUGUCAAGCGUGAUCAAGUGGAUACAGAGACGUAUGGACUUUUGAAUUUAACGAUAUCAAGCGAUCAGGGUCUAACGUAUCAAGUCAACUUUACUAUCAUACUUGAACCUUCAGGUCCUCCAGACUGCUCCACAAAUAUCACAGUUACAGAUUUUGGACACGAUUACGUCACCAUCUCCUGGGUUCCCGGACUGGAUCGCGGCUCCAGACAACAUUUUACUGUUUACCAGUCCACAGACAACCUCGCCUGGCUCAGUCCUGGAGUCGACACAGAAAAUUCAACAGUUAGCGUGAAAGGGUUGAGUUCAAAUACCUCUUAUUAUUUCAGAGUUGUUUCUCUAAAUCAAUACCAGAAAUCACACGAUGCUAGUACUUGUCAGGAAACAGUGUUUGUAACGACAAGUAGGUACAUUUUCUUGGUCUUUGGAUGA